GGGGAUGAUGGACGAGGAGGGGAACCAGUUCGUGGCCUAUUUCUUGCCGGUGGAGGAGACGCUGCGCAAGCGCAAGCGGGACCAGGAGGAGGAGAUGGACUACGCGCCUGAGGACGUGUACGACUACAAGAUCGCGCGGGAGUACAACUGGAACGUGAAGAACAAGGCGAGCAAGGGCUACGAGGAGAACUACUUCUUCAUCUUCCGCGAGGGCGACGGCGUCUACUACAACGAGCUGGAGACCCGGGUGCGGCUGAGCAAGCGGCGGGCCAAGGCGGGGGUGCAGUCGGGCACCAACGCGGUGCUGGUGGUGAAGCACCGCGACAUGAACGAGAAGGAGCUGGAGGCCCAGGAGGCGCGCCGGGCCCAGCUGGAGAACCACGAGCCCGAGGAAGAGGAGGAGGAAGAGCUGGAGAUGGAGAAGGAGGCGCCGGGCUCAGACGAGGAGCGGGAGAAGGGCAGCGAGAGCGAGGCGGGGGCCAGCGGCGAGGAGGAGGAGGACGAGGACGAGGAGGAGGCCGAAGGCUCGGGCAGCGGCAGCGAGCGGGGGGGCUCGGCCCGCAGCGACGAGGAGGAGGAGGACGGAGGAGGAGGAGGAGGAGGAGGCCGAAGCGGCGGCCGCCGGGGGGGGCCGCCGGGGGGCCGCGCCGACGCCGCCCGGGCCGCCCGCGACAAGGAGGAGAUUUUCGGCAGCGACGACGACGAGGACAACGAGGAGGAGGAAGAGGAGGAGGAGGAAGAGGAGUCGGAGGGGGGCGGCAGCGAGGGGGGGCCCCCGCGCAGCCCCCGCCUCAGCCCCAGCGACGCCUCGGACGACGACAGCCCCAGCGACGCCUCCGACUCCUCCAGCGACUGAGCCGGACGCCGGGCCCCCCCGCCGCCGCCGUGGGGAGUCUCCGGCGGCUCGUAUAGGGUUGCGCCCCGUUUUGGGGCAAAAAGGGGCGAUUUGGGCGCUUUUUGGGUUGUUUUUCUCUUUAAUACGUAGUCAUGGUUACCAGCCAUAGUCAUAACAAAAGUUAUUCAUAAUAAAAUGUAUCUAAAAUAA